AUGUAUGCCACUUUCGCUGUCAUCGCCGUGCCAACCAGCUGUCAAACUGAGGACCGCGGGGCUUUUGUGGCGCGCAGAGAAGACCCACCGGACAAACCCGUGCUGCUGACGCCUCUUUGUGGAGGAGAAUACCACGACUGGGUUCCCACUCAUUUCUGGAGAUUAGACAGCACCCACACGUCUCUCUCCUCGGAGCCCAGAAGGAGGCGUCAGGAGGCGUCAGGAGAUCUCGGAGAGCUUUGGGCGACCACUGUCGGUGAGAGCGGAGCGGUGGCGUCCAGAAUGUGUUGGCAUCUGCUCCUGGUGCCUUCACAGGAUUACGCAGCCAAAGGAAUAUGCAAGAUCAGCAAGCUUCGAACACAAUGGAGCGCACCCGAUCUGUGCUCCUCUCCUGGGACAGACUCUUUAUCAGGCUGGAUGUGUGUGUGGCACCGACUGCUUUGUACCACGACAGUCCAUGACUACGGUCUGGCCUGGCUCGCGUGGUCUUCCUCCUUCUCCUUAGGAGUGCGUGCGUGGUGCACGCGUCGCGUGCUCCAGGCCCUUCUCUGGCACCUGGAGCUGGUGCUGGGACGUCUUCAGCAAGAGGGUUUGAAGGCCAAGCUGGAGAAAUGCUUCUUCUUCCAGCUCAAGCUUCCGAACCUAGAAGCUCCAUCGGACACUGGCCCGUUCGAUGAUCUGGCCAUCGUUCCUUUGGAGAACGUAUUGGUAGAGGACAGCCACCGAGACACAGAGAACGCCCCAGUCCAGGACUACGGUCUGGCCUGGCUCGCGUGGUCUUCCUCCUUCUCCUUGGGAGUGCGUGCGUGGUGCACGCGUCGCGUGCUCCAGGCCCUUCUCUGGGUAAGUGCGUCCAUUGUCUCGCUGAAUUUUGGGCUUGGCCCGGGCUGA